GUUUUGGAGGAAGUGAACGCGGCUCGGCUAGCGGCUAGCACUCUAGCUCGACAGGAAAAGCAAGCGUCAACGGGGACAGAGCGAGACAGACGUUAUACCAAAUCACUUCUGUAACACGAAGGGAGAUAUACGUCGGCACUGACAGUGCUGCCUUUGAUAAGUAGAGUUAGCUCCGAGGCAAGCUAUCAGGGAUCAUUUAACUGUCGAGCCUCUAAGUUAAACGGGUUGUUUUCUUACGGCAGACAUUUACUUGAGCUGGUAGCCUGUUAGCUAGCCUGCGCGUUAGCUAACGCUUCAGACCGAGGCAGAGGAAAAGUCCACUUUUGAUAUUUUUCACCGCAGGAUCAUCGCCCAGCUGUGGCAUAAUGACAUCAAGGAAGAAAGUACUACUCAAAGUCAUCAUCCUCGGAGACUCUGGAGUUGGGAAGACCUCUUUGAUGAACCAGUAUGUCAAUAAGAAGUUCAGUAACCAGUACAAAGCCACAAUAGGUGCUGAUUUCCUGACGAAAGAAGUCAUGGUGGAUGACAGACUUGUCACAAUGCAGAUUUGGGACACAGCAGGUCAGGAGAGGUUCCAGUCCUUAGGUGUGGCUUUCUACCGCGGAGCAGACUGCUGUGUCCUGGUGUUUGACGUGACAGCACCGAACACCUUCAAGACUCUAGACAGCUGGAGGGACGAGUUCUUGAUCCAGGCCAGCCCCCGAGACCCGGAGAAUUUCCCCUUUGUGGUGCUGGGUAACAAGAUUGACUUGGAGAACAGACAGGUAACAACCAAACGAGCACAGGCUUGGUGUCAGAGCAAGAACAACAUCCCAUAUUUCGAAACCAGCGCCAAGGAGGCAAUCAAUGUGGAGCAAGCGUUCCAGACUAUUGCACGCAACGCUCUUAAACAGGAGACUGAAGUGGAGUUGUACAACGAGUUCCCUGAGCCGAUAAAGCUGGACAGGAGCGAGCGAGCCAAGCCGUCAGCAGAGACCUGCAGCUGCUGAGGACUCUGAAGCUCUUCGAGGGGGCGGGGGGGGUUGUCACUACCCUCACUACCCUGUCUUGCCUUGUCUAUAUAUCCCCUUUCCCAUGGCCCACUGUGUUAAUCCCUGAUGUCCAACAUACAAGCAGCAUCCCACUCAUAGAAUAUACUACUACACACACAAACAUGCCGCACUCACCUCCUAAUGUAUACAAAACAUUUUCUAUAAAAUAUGAGUCUCCUAGCCCAAAGAACACCGUAAGGAAACAUUAUGGAAUUUACUUGUAUGAUGCUCAUUACUUCCCAGUGUUUCCCUACACUUUUUCAUGGCUGUGGUGGCUUGGGCUAAUCUCAUUUUCGGUUUCAUGUAUAUCACUGCUUUCACAUCCAGUUUUGGUUCUAACGGCUUUUAUUUGGAUACUUAAAGUGGUAAAUCCAAGCAUUAUCUCUAUACAUGUUUGUGUCAAUGAGUAAAGUUAGAAAACUAA